GGUAGAGAGAUACUGUUCUGGGCAGUCUGGCUAUAAAUGAUUCCUCUACAAUAAUCAUUUGUGUGUUUAAGAUAUCAAUGGACGCAGUACUAUCUCAUAUCUGCCAAUCUUCACCAUUUUUUUCCCAUCACGAAAGACAAGUCGGAGAGAUAAUUGCUACCGUUGGGUGUGAAUGAGCUCGGUGUGUUUGUCUGAAUAUUGAUUUUUAAUUGGAAGCCUGUUGACUUGGAUGCGACAAGUUAACAUUCGAAUCUGCCUGAUGGUUCGCAAAGAACGGCCUUCUUUGAUUUAGUUGUUUGUACAUUAGCGUACCAUGCGGCGAGCACAAUGCUCCUUUUAUUACGAAUCGGAUGCUCACGACUCUCCCGGCGAUUGUUCUAGACAGUCAAUAUGCAGACACUGUUGGGAAAUCAAGCUUGUUGUUUCGGAGGUAUCGAUUUGGAACAUUCAUCUGAAGCCCUACAACAAACGGUGAUGAAAAGUCGGGACAAGGGAAACACAUACGCAUACCUGUGUUGUCAGAUGGGAGGACGACUUCUAUCUGAUCAUUUGUCAACACCUGUAGGGCUCCCGAAAUCCUCUUAAGAGUCUCGCUUCUACAGUCCUCAUUGCACAGCGGUAUAUCUGGUUCUCGUAUCAUUUCGACAUAAUUGGGAAAAUCUGGUGGUUAUUAGAUAACUGGUCAUUACGCAGCGGUCAUUAUCUAACCACGAGGCUGGGGUAGCAGUGGACACCUCAUACUGACCAGCUAUUGUCUGGCCACAACGCUGACUGUUUAGGGUUGAAAUGCGACCACGAGAAGGUCGUAUUCUGGUGGACAUACCUUGUAAGGUCUGUCAAGAUCACUCGUCAGGAAAACACUACGGAAUCUAUGCUUGUGAUGGCUGUGCCGGGUUCUUUAAGCGCUCAAUCCGACGCAACCGCCAAUACAUUUGCAAAUCGAGAGGACAGGGAAAUUGUCCUGUGGAUAAAACUCACCGCAAUCAGUGUCGGGCGUGUCGUCUUAAGAAGUGCAUUGAAGCUGGUAUGAACAAAGACGGUAAGUAAACUUUGUGGCAUUGUCUUUUCCACAAGGCUGUCACUUAAACACGAAUAAUGUGUUUUAUUUCUUCAGAAAACUAUCAUUGGUUUUUACUGAGAGCGAGCAUGUUGCAGAUGAGGAUGAUGGUGGCUGGGAAAGGAGGGGGCGUGGUUUGUUUACUUUCUCUAGUGGGGUUCCCUCCCCAUAAAGACCACUGAUGAAUGUGCCCCUCUUUUCUUCUUGCAUAUGACUAGGGGCUCCUACUUUCAAAUAAUGAUGCUUUUUGCAGCUUUACACAUUCUAUGACCUUUUAUAUGACAUCAAUCGUGGUUUUGUUCUGAAGUUUGUUUGAUUUUCAGCUUAUAAUAACCCCUUUUUGCCUUUGAAAAUAAUUCAAUAAAUAGUCAUUGUCUGGUUUGGACUGUGUAUUUUUCGGCAUUGAAGCAAUCAAUUUUCGUAAUUGUGGUACGUUGACGCGUUCCGUCUUUUCAUAACUCCCAACAGUCGUAGUUCA